UGUGAUAAACUUAUUAAAUAGAUCGUAUUUGUUAUGUAUUUUCAUAUUUUGGGAUCUGCUCAAGAUGGAUAGUGCAGAUCACGCAUAUCAGAACGAUGAUUCGAAUACAGAUGAAGGAGGAAUGGAAGUGGAAUGGCUGCGCGCUGUGGGAUUAGAUACUGCAGUUGAGCAAUUUGAAAAGGGAAAUAUAAUUGAAGACGCCACUGUUAAACAGCAACUGUCAUUUUUGACACGUCAGCAACGCGUUACUGUCGAAAAGCGGCUAACCCUCCUUAAUAAAAGAACGCUAAGAAGACGUAAACGGACCGUGAGAAGUGAUAUUGAUGGACUGCAAGGAGUAUUGGCAGAGAGCAAUUCAUCAAGAUAUGUUAUCGAAGCACCGACCAGCAGAGACAUACAACCUCCCAACGAGAGGACCCCGUACAAUGCAUUACGAGGAUCUAUGUUUGAGCAUCUUGAGGAACGGGUUGUUGUUUCUCCCAGUGGACGCCGAAGUGAACCGUUUCUCGGACAUCAAAUGUCGGACAGUUCAGUUUCGAGAAGCAGUCACCAAACGACUCCAAAUGUAUCUGCCUCGAACUUGCCAUAUGCACCAAAUUCAUGCUCCCUACGUCAGCAGUACUACUAUCCGCAUGCAACAAAUGGUCAUAGAGAUCCAAACGAAGAAUGUUUCGAAGAGGAUUUCUUCGAACUCAUUGACGCUGACGUCGACGACGACUUCGUGGAGGAGGAAGACAUGACCGACUCUCCUGAUUUUUCGCAUUUGCCAGACGCAUCCGGAAUUCCACUGACGCUCCCGGAACCCAUUAGUAUGAACAGCAUAUCAUCAGCAGACGAGGACUCCGAUGCAGUCUUGUCGCGCAGAUCUAGCUCGAUUCUGGGCUCUAAGUCAGGAUCACCUGGCCACGAGUUCGCAAGUCGCCAGGGUUCUUCAGGAGAGACGAGUGGGAGUGAGUACCCGAGUGGAUCUGAUGCAGUUGAUAGGCCUGUCCGAUCUUACAGGCUUUGGAGUAUUGGAUCAAUGCCUAAAGUUGUAGUCUCAAGUAAGGUUAGGAAGAAUGGCAGAUCAACCUUGUAUGAUCUCAGUCAGGCGGAUGUGAAUAAGUUGAACUCUCUAUCUCUUCUCCAGCUGACUUCCGUGUUCGACCAGCACGAUAUUCCGUUUUCGAUUCCAAAGAAAACCCCAAAAGUGUCUUCCAAGCACCAUCCAGCCAUAUUCGGCAGGUAACUAAUUACGAUGCUGCAUCUCUGCUGAAACAGUUCCUGCAGGAGCUGCCAGUACCUCUACUCACAUUCGAGUACAUGGCUCUGUUUCCUCUCGUAUGCAAAAUGAAUUGCAAAGUAGGGAAGAAGUUAGAAGCCCUCAACCUCCUCAUCCUCAUGCUGCCAUGCUCUCACUCGCAUACUCUGAAGUUACUGCUCGUGUAUCUGUUCCAAGUUGCCCAAAAUGAACAGUACAACCAAAUGAAUCUGGAAAGUGUGGCAAAGAUCAUGACUCCAAAUUUUUUCGCAGCAGUAUCGGACAAAGGUGGCAAGAGUUACAAGUGUUCGCUUGGGAGUAUGGACGAUGAGAUGAGGAGCAACCAGGAGCAGCAGGAAGUGAUGCAGCUGCUGAUCAACUACCACGAACAGCUCUGGAUAGUGCCGGACUUCUUGCUCAGCGAGAUCAGACUCAAAUACCAGAACCAUGGCUUAGGGGAUAGACAGAAAGCGCUUCCAGUUCUGAAAAGUUUGUUCAAACGAGCUCCUAGGCGAGAGUCUACAGACCUUGUUGACGGUGGACACACAACAAAUGCGGUUAACCUGAUUGCAUCAACCGCGGCUGCCGUCACUGCAUUCGUGCCACGGAAAGUGGACAUAAAACUAGGCCACGAUUCCAUAGUCCAAGUGGACACACAGCUCUACCCUACGGUGGGGGACAUAAUGGAAUAUAUUCAGAAAACCACAAUGCCUACUCACAAGUGCCCCUCAAGUACUCCUGUGGCCCCGGGAUCUCCGGUCGGGAACCGGGGCGACAGUGGAAAUAGCCAGGUAACUGAAUCUCCUGGAUCCAACGGAAGUAGUAGAUACGCCAGUUCUUACUCCCAAGAAGGCUGGAUGAAAGCGAUAGACGGCGAUAUAUCAAAGAAAUUGUGUCUUUUUGAAGUUGGUGGAAACAUCUCUAAACGAUGUCUAAGUGAUGAAAAGGCUCUAUUUAGCAAUCUGUUUGCCCUGAAUCCAAGUGCUUCGUGGGUUGUGGAGUUCAGAUGACGAAGAGGCUGGAGAUUUUCCCUUGAUUUGAGAGCUUCGCCAAGGUUGUAGCUGAUUUUAUUUGAAAUCUGGCGACUAACUUAAACUUAUCUGUUAAACUUAUCUAUGACUGAUUUGAGUGACGUUCCUGAAAAUAUCAUAUAUCAUAAAGGUGCUCGUAUGCUUAAUUAAUUCUGUUAAAUUUUAUUUAAAUUAGCAUUUAUGACUUAAUAUCGUGCAAUUUGAAAGCCACUUUUCUCUCAUCUCAUUCCUUGCACAACUCAUGCUUUAAAAGUGACGCAACUGGUUUGUUUUGUUCUGUAGUAUAAUAGUUUUUUUGUUCUUUGCAAAACUGAUGCUAAAUGUCUUAAAUAUCAGACUAUUUUGUACAAGGAAUUUGAAAAUAAAUUAUUGGCUGUGCUGUUAUUCUAUGCUGUAAAUACUGAACUAAAAAAGGUGUAAAAACAGUUACAACAUGCGUUUGAUGUAUUUUUGUAUUUCGAGACUAAAUCGAAUUUAUUAUUAUUCAAA